AUGGAAAAGGGUAUAGAUCCAUUAUUGACGGAGUUCUAUUUUCACACACAUCGAAAAAAGGAUCAAAGUUGGGUAGAAAUUCAUGGUGAAUCCGCAUAUGAUAAAUUUGAGCGGAAAAAGUUGGAGAUUUCUUCUCAAAAUCCAACUAUUCCGAGAGAGGAUGAAGCUGAUAGUCAAUCAACUAUUGAAAUUCCACUUGAUUUGGAUAUAUGGAUAGAGUCGGUUGGAAAGAAUAAAGGCAGGAUAUUUAGUCUUGGAACCGUUUCCAAGACUUUGGUUUCAUUAUCAAAUAAAUCCUCAAGUGUUUCGAGUGAAUUUCAAGAGGUUGAUGCUCUGAGAAGGCAAGUCCAUGCUUUAAAUGCAUCGUUGCAAAGACAAGAACAAGAGAAGUUAGAGAUGAGGCAACAAUUGCAUUGA